UCAAAAAUUCCAAGUCGUACUCGGAUACUUCCUUCUCCGCGAUGCUUCUUUGCAAAGAAUAUUAGAGAAAAUAAAAAAUUUAAAAUAAAAAAUAAAAAACCAAUGAAGAUUUGAGAGAAGCUGUUUGGACUUGUUAGAGAAAUAAUGGUAAUACGAAGCGAUUCACUGAUAUGGCUGCUACUUCUCUCGACCAUUUUACAUGGAGUUUUUUUCUUGAACUCCGUCUCGGCCGUCUGUGAAUUCAGUAUUACUGAAGGAGACAAGCUCUACAACUUCAACUUGGCUUCUCCAAUCCCCAAAUUCCCUCAUGGUGUCCUCAGCGAAGAUGGGUUUUAUAAGGUGGCAGUAAACGAGACUGUACUCUGGUUUCAGCUUUGUGAUGGAAUGGUUUUCAAUCACGAUCCACCUAGAUGUGUUGACUGCUGGGACUGUGGGGGCCCAUCCCGCUGUGGCAUAACUUGUAGUGCACUUUUGGCUAGCAACAUUGGAGGCUACUCUGUUUGCACGACCAUUGGCCAUGCCUCAAGCAUUGACAUUGACCUUAUUGAUAAGAAAAAUCCACACACUGGUGUCGUCGUUAAAAUGUCAAACGUAGGUGUAAAGCUCAAUUGUUCACUCUCUGUGUCUGUUCGUUGUGAUUUAAAUGGAGUUCAGGGACCAUAUUCAUUAGAGAAAACAGGGACAUGUGAUUUUACUACAGCGCUAAAACAUCCAUCUGCCUGUGCUGAGAUUGUGCAUGUCCAUGGAAAGGGGUGGGGCUGGUUUGGCACCUUCAUUUUCAUAGCCAUAUGCAUGUUUGGAGCAUAUCUGCUGGUUUGUACUGUUUAUCGAUAUUUUAUCCUUGGAAUUCAUGGUGUAGAUGUUAUUCCGAACUUGGAUUUUUGGGCCACCAUACCUCAAAGAAUACAGAGUCUUUUUUCAUCUCUAGUGAGGAGAUUCAGGGGACCUUCAGAAGGUCAUCGGAGCUCCUAUUCUUCUGUCAACUUCUGAGCAUAUGUACUUCUAUUUCGGACAAGGUGGGUGAGUUACACUUUGUAUGAUCUCUGCCCUGCCAUUAACAGUUCAGCAAUCAAGUGCAAAUUGCAUUAUGCAAGUAUCAACCUGCUUUCUUAUGCUCAUUGCUUCUAUGAACCUAAUUUAUAGAAAUAUUUGGCAGGCACAACGACGUACUCGUCAACCUCACCAAUCCGUUUUUUCUUUAUCAGUGAUAUUUAAUUUAUUUCAUGACAAAUUGAUACAGAUUGCUGCCUUUUUUUUUUCUUUUUUUUUUUUUUUUUUUUCAAUUGACAUUUUAUUAGCUCCCCUGUUUAGGAAAUUUUGAAUGUAUUGAUUUUAGUUUAGGCUGAUGACAUUUUUUUAUACAUAAAGUUUGAUAAAACUAAGCAUAAGAUUUAGGUUAUAAUGUAUUGUGACAGGAAACCUGGAUUAGCAUUUCCUCGAAUAUGUUUCUGAUUGUCAUAAAUCAAAUAAAAUGCAGAUAGUGGAUUUUGGAAA